AUGACUCUUUCUCAAGGUGACAAGUUCCCAUCCGGUUUCGAAUUCAACUACGUGCCAAUUGAGCUCGAGACGCUCAACCAGGACGACGGUCUUGCCUGUGGCAAACCAUUGGGCUUGGGCUUGGACGGCUUGCUCGAGAAGAAUCAGGGUGGCAAUGUGCUUUUCGUUGCCGUUCCAGGUGCCUUCACCCCAACUUGCACGGAGAACCACAUUCCUCCAAUUUUGGAGCACUUGAAGGAGUUGAAGUCCAAGAAGAACAUCACCACUGCGGUGUUCUUGAGUGCCAACGACCCAUUCGUCAUCAACGCCUGGGGUAAAUUGCUCUUGAAGCAGCAGAAGAUCAGUGCCUCGGAUGACUUGCCAAAGAUCAUCUUUGCUUCUGACCCCAAUGCUGCCUUCUCGCAGAAGAACGGACUUUCCUUGGACUUGACCGAUGCUGGCCUCGGAGUCAGAACCAACAGAUACGCAUUGAUUGCCAAUGCUGACUCCAAGACAUUGUCCUACCUCGGAGUCGAGUCCGAGCCUGGUGUUACGGUCUCUGGCUACGAUGGUAUUUCAUCUGCCAAGUUGUAA